AGAGUGGGAGAGAGGAAGGGGGGUCGGGGAGGCCCGUCUUUAUAAAGGCGGCUGGAACAGCGCUGCCCGCCAGACCCCGCCGCCUGGAUCCCCUGCUUUGCCCGCCGCCCCACGUGACCGCGCCGACCACCAGCUCCACCUUUGAGCCCGCUCGCCAUGGCCCUCUUCGGGGCCCUGUUUCUAGCGCUGCUGGCAGGCGCUCAGGCUGAGCUCCCCGGCUGCAAGAUCCGCAUCACCUCCAAGGCGCUUGAGCUAGUGAAGCAGGAGGGUUUGCGCUUUCUGGAGCAAGAGCUGGAGACCAUCACCAUUCCGGACGUGCGGGGCCGAGAAGGCCACUUCUACUACAAUAUCUCUGAGGUGAAGGUCAUGGAGCUGCAGCUGACAUCCUCUGAGCUCCAUUUCCAGCCAGAGCAGGAGCUCAUGCUACAGAUCAACAAUGGCUCCUUGGGGCUGCGCUUCCGGAGACAGCUCCUCUACUGGUUCUUCUACGAUGGGGGAUAUAUCAACGCCUCUGCCGAGGGUGUGUCCAUCCACACCGCUCUGCAGCUCUCCCGGGAUCCCACUGGCCGGAUCAAAGUAUCCAACGUCUCCUGCCAGGCCUCUGUCUCCAGAAUGCAUGCAGCCUUUGGGGGAACCUUCAAGAAGGUGUAUGAAUUCCUCUCCAUGUUCAUCACCUCAGGGAUGCGCUUCCUCCUCAACCAGCAGAUCUGCCCCGUGCUCUACCAUGCAGGGACCGUGCUUCUCAACUCCCUGCUGGACACCGUGCCUGUGCGCAGUGCUGUGGACGAGCUCGUUGGCAUUGACUACUCCCUCGUGAAGGAUCCCGUGGCCUCCGCCAGCACGCUGGACAUGGAAUUCCGGGGGGCCUUCUUUCCCCUGGCCGAGGGCAACUGGAGCCUGCGCAAUCGGGCGGUGGAGCCCCAGCUGCCCGAGGAAGAGCGGAUGGUAUACGUGGCCUUCUCUGAGUUCUUCUUCGACUCUGCCAUGGAGAGCUACUUCCAGGCAGGGGCCCUGAAGCUGUCGCUGGUGGGGGCCAAGGUGCCCCAUGAUCUGGACAUGCUGCUGAGAGCCACCUACUUUGGGAACAUCGUCCUGCUGAGCCCGGCAGUGAUCGACUCUCCACUGAAGCUGGAGCUGCGGGUCACGGCGCCACCACGCUGCACCAUCAAGCCCUCGGGCACCACCAUCUCUGUCACUGCCAGUGUCACAAUCGCCCUGGUCCCACCCGACCAGCCCGAGGUCAAGCUGUCCAGCAUGACCAUGGAUGCCCGUCUCAGUGCCAAGAUGGCACUCCAGGGGAAGGUGCUGCGCACACAUUUGGACCUGCGCAGGUUCCGAAUCUACUCAAACCAGUCUGCAUUAGAGUCGCUGGCACUGAUCCCACUGCAGACCCCUCUGAAGACCAUGCUGCAGAUUGGGGUGAUGCCCAUGCUUAAUGAGCGGACCUGGCGUGGGGUGCAGAUCCCACUCCCCGAGGGUAUUGACUUUGUGCGCGAGGUGGUGACGAACCACGCGGGUUUCCUCACCAUCGGGGCUGACCUCCACUUUGCCAAAGGGCUGCGAGAGGUGAUUGAGAAGAACCGGCCUGCCAACACCGGGGACCCCCUAGCACCCAGUGCCCCGCCACCCUCCAUGGCAGCUGUCUGAGUCCUCAACCCCGACCCUCGCAGCUGCAUUCAGGACUCCACCGUCUCUCAUCCUCUCCCUCACCCCAUCACAGCCUCUAGUGUCCUCUAACCCCCAGUGCCACAGAGAAGAUGGGGUUUUAAGCUGUACCCAAUUUAAUUCCAUAAUCACAGUCAAUCCAUCAAUUACAGUCCGUCCACCCUC